GUCUCCUCAAGGGUUAUGGACAAACAGGUCCUCCUCACUCAAGAAGAAAUCUACAUAACCAAAACCAAGAUCACAACAGCAGACCUUCCAUCAGCAGUUGGGCAUCGUUUCAGAACAUGGGAAUGCACAUAUUCAAGAAAGAAAUUGAUAUUCAUAUCUCUGUGUGCCCUAAGCCUUCUCUUCAUACUAUCAAUAUGGGAGCAAUUUAAAACCCCCCACAAAGACAUGACCGUAGAUGAAGUAAUAUUCUCAUUAUCAUGGCCUCCGUCAACUUCCAGCUUCACCUCUUUCAACAACUCUUCCAGUGCUCAGCACAGUGAGGUCAGGCUAGAGCUGCCUAGGGCCCAGUACUGUGUGGGGGACACGCUGAACGUGCUGGUGGAGAUGAGGAACUAUGCAGGGUGUCCAAAAGCCUAUGGAGGAGACUUCAUCCUGGCCCGGAUCCACUCUCCAGAGCUCCAGGCAUGUGCAUCAGGAGAGGUCACUGACCUCCUCAGCGGCUCCUACCGCGUGCGUUUCCGCUUGUUUUGGCCCGGAGAGGUGCACGUCUCUGUGCGUCUGAUCCACUCCUCUGAGGCAGUUAGGGUCCUCCAGAGAGACUGGAUGCAGGACUACGGUAGGGCCCUGCACAAGGGAACCUUCAUCAGUGGGGAAAAGAGGGAGACGUCUCAGUGCGCCCUCCGGCUGAGCUCAGACAGGCCCCUGUGUGAGUACAGGAAGGAGGAGGAGGGAGAAUAUUACGCCUGCUACAAGCCCCAGACCCUUCCCUGUGACUCUCUGACCAUCAUGAAGUCCUACAUGCCCCCAGGUCCUCAUCGCACAAAGGAGGAAGCUCAGCUAUUAGCCCAGGAAAACACAGGAAUCGAAAUAAGAAACAGAUUCAACCCUGUGACAGUCUUUGGUUGUUCUGAUGCAGCCCCCAGACCAACUGAAAAGUGUGUGGCAGGAGUGAAUUCCCCUUUUCCUGGGGGAUAUUUCUAUUCAAACAGGUGGUCUUCUUCCUUCUGUCAGACAGGCCCCUUCCUCACUGAAGAGGCCAUUACCAGGUGCUUAAAGGGAAAGACUCUCUACCUAUUGGGUGACUCCACUAUGCGUCAGUGGAUAGAGCAUUUGGAAGGAAAGCUGAAAGGCCUGAGAUUCAAAAAAGUGGAGGAUACAUCACAGUUGGCUGUUGAUGCCCAUAACAACAUCACUGUCCUGUGGGUAAGGCAUUCUCAUCCCUGGAUUGGCUAUCGUGAAGUCAACAUAAAGACAUCAGUCCCCAUCCCAGAAGUACUGGAUAGCAUAGCAGUUGGUGGUGCACAGGAGGAUGCGAUAGUGGUCAUUGGGAUUGGGCAGCAUUUCCGGCCCUACCCCCCUGAAGUCUUUAUCCGAAGGCUACAAAGUAUCCGGCGGGCGAUCCUGAGGUUACGAGCCGGCAACCCCCAGGCAAAAGUCAUUGUAAAGCUGGAGAACAGCAGGGAGCUGGAGUCAAAGCUGACACAGUUCAGUAACUGGUAUGGCUACAUGCAGAACCGGGCUCAGAGGGAGGUGUUCGAGGACAUGAAUGUGGCUCUGGUGGAUGCCUGGGACAUGACUGUGGCCGCCAACACUUUUGCCGUCCACCCUAAAAGACUCAUUGUCUCUAAUGAGGUGGCUGUGGCCCUGUCGUUCUUCUGUCAUUAGGGGCAGUGUGCUCCCUGAAAGGUUACUCUGUAAAUGUGUGUAUUUGGGUACUUUUUUUAUGAAUUGCAUUUGGAGAUAUGCUUAUAGUGUUGGAUAUCUAGUCUUUACAUUAUUCUCUUUGAGGGACAGACAGUUUUAGUGACAGACAAAGAUAGUUUGAUCUGGCAAACUUGCUCAUAGUUCACGCAGUGUUAUUUGAGAUCGAAUAGGAUCACAAAUUCCUGUUUGAGUAUAGGAAUGCUCUCUCUAUCUGCUCCCGCCCUCAAAACCAUCAAAGGACAUCAUGCUGAAGGUCUUGUAAAGGUAUGCAAACCUGUGGUGUCUUGGGGUUUUCGCUUCUUUGAACGCUUUAU